ACAACACAAACAAGCACGUGCGUGGAUCGGCCCACUUGCGCGGGGGAAGUGUUUCUACAAAAUUUCCUUAUUUUCCCGUGGCCAGAAACCGUGUUUCUUCUUUUUUCACCAUAAAGUCCCCCCACACACGCCACAAUGAGCGAGCUAGUCGAGUUGCGCCGUGAGCAGGCGAUCCGCGAGUACGAGUGCAUGAAGCACCUGAACCUGUUCACCGACGCAGAGAUCCAAAGCAUCAAAAACAAGCGCCACUAUCACGAUUUCAAGAUCGAGCGGCGCACGAAGCGUUUGUCCGACUUUAUCAACUACAUCGCGUACGAGUGCAACGUCUUUCAUCUGCUGCUGCAGCGCCGCCAAAAGCUACACAUCAGCGCGGAAUGGACCAGCCUGGAGCAGAGCAUCCACCAGCGGGUGCGGGUGCUGUACAAGCGGGCAAUGGCCCGGUUCGCGGCCGAGUAUCGCGUCUGGACCCACUUCCUGCAGUACUGCCAGAUGCGCCGGUUCUUCACCGAAGGGUCGCGCGUGCUCGACCAAAUGCUGGGCUACCACGGCGACAAACCGAAGGCGUGGCUGUGCGCGAUCGAGUGGGAGUACCGGCAGGCAAACAACGCGGCCCGGGCCAAACACUACAUGCUGCGCGGUCUGCAGCGCCAUCCGGAGUGCCGCGAGCUGGCGAUUGGCUUCAUCGGGAUUCAGCUGGAGGAGGGCAAGAAAGUGGUGGAAAAAGCACGCGAAAGCAAGCAAGGACUGGUGGUGAAGGGUAAAGGGAACGAUCCACCGCUGGACGAGCCGCAAGAGCUGGAACUGGAGAAAGCGCUCAAAACGGCGCAGGUGGUGUACAGGAACUUUGAGCAUAAGGAUAUGCGGUUUUACGAACAAUUGCUGAAGGAGUUGAAGGAGCACUGCCCGCUGUCGAAUGCGCUGGCAAGACAAGCGGUAGCGGAAAUGCGCGAAACGCUCACGGACCAGGAAGCCAUGUGGCAUCUGCUGGCGAAGCUUGAGCUCGAGGGAGAUGCGUUCGUGACGAAGGAAGCAGAGCAAACGAAACCGCACGAACGGUUGGCAAAGUGUCUCGCCGUGUAUAAGGAAGCUGUCGAACGGUUGCCGACGAAGAAAAUGCACAGCCUGUGCAUUGAAACGAUGCUUCAGCUGAACUCCUUGGAGGAGUCGGAGCACGAUGAGAAGGCGAAGCGGAAAGCGCUUGCCGGUGCGUUCAAGCGAGCGCUCGUCGAUGAUCUGCUCGACGAGGAUAAGCUGCUGCAGUACUUGAAGCUGCUGCUGCACAACAGCAACCCCAACGAGGAGCUGGUCAUGAAGGUGAUCAACAAAGGGCUGGAACAGUAUCCCGCCUCGGUCGACGUUUGGUCGGCUUAUCUGCGCUAUCAAAUCCUGCAGAAAGUGGGCGCAGACGAGCUGGAGCGCACUUUCAGCAAAGCGCUCAACACACUGCCCGAACGUGUCAGUCGGCUGGUGCUGUGGAAGCAAAUGUUUCAAUACUACAGCGAGCGGCCCGCUUUGCAGGGCACACUGGAGCAGCUGUUUCGACGGGCCAUCGACCAGGAGCCGGAAAUUUCGAACCACUAUCAGCCACUGUACCUCGACUACCUGAUGGCGUCGGUCGGCGAGAAUCUGGCCAAGGUGAGGAGCGAGUACCAGCGGCUGGUCAGGAACUACACCACCCCGCUCGAGCUGCACACGAAGAUGGCAAGCUUGGAAGCGUCCCAAACGCCGCCCGACGUUAGCGAGUGGCGCAAGUGUUACGAGCACAUGACGCUGUUCUAUGGCAAGCAGGAUGCCACCGUAUGGCUGCAGUACGUGCAGUUCGAGCGCGAUCACGGGCAGCCGAAGCACAUGCAGUCACUGUACGAGCGGGCAAAGGGUGCGCUGGACGAAGAUUCGUUCGCGACCUUCAUGGCGGAGUACGAGCUUAUUCGCAAUCCGUACAUUGUUCGUUAUUAAGUAAAUAAAGCGUACAGGCAA